CUCCGCGAUUGCAGGAGGGAUGAGUCCAGGUGGACCCCGGAAAAGGGGGCGGCCCAGAGGACAAUGCCGGGAGAAGGAAACGAGCGGAGACCCCGAGACGUGCUUGGAGGCCGGAGGGUCCCUCGGAAGAUCCCGGAAGCCCCGAAGGAUCCAGGAGGGAGAAUCAGAAUAUCAGUGCCCGGAAUGUGAAAAAUCCUUCCAAAGAAAUGACUAUCUUGAAAUCCAUCUAAGGACCCACUCGGGAGAGAAACCUUAUACAUGCCUGGAAUGUGGAAAGAGCUUCAGUCAGAGGGGAAACCUCUCUAGACAUCGAAGGAUACACUCGGGAGAGAAACCAUACAAAUGCAUGGAAUGUGGAAAGAGCUUCAAUAUGAGGGAAAGCCUUCAUAGGCAUCAAAGGAUCCACACUGGAGAGAAACCAUACAAAUGUAUGGAAUGUGGAAAGAGCUUCAAUGAGGUGGGCAACCUUCAUACACAUCAAAGAUUCCAUUCAGGAGAAAAGCCAUAUAAAUGCCUGGAGUGUGGAAAGAGCUUCACUCUGAGUGGACAUUUGUAUACACAUCAAAAAAUCCACGCAGGAGAAAAACCGUAUAAGUGCCUGGAGUGUGGAAAGAGCUUUACUGAAGGUGGACAGCUCCAUGACCAUCAAAGGAUCCACAAUGGAGAAAAACCAUUUAUCUGUUUGGAGUGUGGAAAGAGCUUUACUAUGAGUGGACAGCUCCGUCGCCAUCAAAGAAUCCACACUGGAGAAAAACCAUAUCAAUGCCUGGAAUGUGGAAAGAGCUUCAGUCAGAAGGAGCAGCUUGAUCGACAUCAAAGUGUCCACACUGGAGAAAAACCGUAUAAAUGCCUGGAGUGUGGAAAGAGCUUUACUGAGGGUGGACACCUCCGUCGACAUCAAAUGAUUCACACUGGAGAAAAACCUUACAAAUGCUUGGAGUGUGGAAAGAGCUUCAGUCAGAAGGGACAGCUUUGUAGACAUCAAAAAAUCCAUGCAGGAGAAAAACCAUAUAAAUGCCUGGAGUGUGGAGAAUCCUUCACAACAAUCAGAAAUCUCAGAAGUCAUCAAAGAAUUCACCUGGGGGGAAAUCCUUAAACAUUCAUGGGAGUAUGGAAAAAGUUGUCAAAAUAUGAUUCAGUAAAAAUUAUAAACUUUACACUCGGAAGAAAGUUUUUAAAUGCAGAAUGUGCUAAAUCCUACUGAACAAAUGGCAGUUUCAAAACCCACCUAAAAAUCUAAUGUAA